AUGACAUCAGCUGUGCCUGAAGAUAUACAAAUUCCUCCAAAAGAGAUCGAGGACGUCAUUGAAAAGUCUAUUCUGUACAUCCAAAAGAAUGGCAAAUCUUUUGAAGAAAGAUUAUUGAAGAAUAACCGAAACAAUCAAUUUGACUUUUUGAAACCAGAUAACAAGUUCCACCAAUACUAUUUAUGGGCCUUAAAGUCAUACUCACGCUCUGUUGCGAAUGAAAGCGAGGAGAAACAUACAGAAGCUAUCAGCGUUGAUGAUAUUGUAAUACCGAAGCCCAGGGAGUUGAAGUUUUUGAUAGACGACUUCCCUCAUAUAUGUGAGCGAGAUUUACAAAUCAUUAGGACAACGGCGAUGUAUAUUGCUGUCAACGGCGAGGAUAAGAUCAAGAAGCUUUUGAAACAUGAACAGGAUUUAGGUCAUCAUGCCCAAUUCGACUUCCUUAAGCCGCAACAUUCGUUGUAUGCUCUAUUUCAAACGUAUGUUACCCAAUAUAAAGUGAUCAAGGAUUCCAUUUCAAACCAAUCAAGCCCUAUGGAAAAUGAACUAGCAAAUAGUUUGAAUGACAUAAAGAGGGACCCGUUCUCAAUUUUAACUAAAGCAUAUGAUAGGGCACAAUAUUAUAAGCAACAUAAAGUUCGCAGAAAGAGACAAGAUGAGCAAGUCCUACAAAAGAGAAUUCAUUUUGCACUGAUUGAUUGGCAAGACUUUUCUAUAGUUGAGCUUGUGAAAUUUGAUGAAAUCGACAUGGUCAAAGAGUUGAGCGCACCGUUGAGCCUAGUGGAGUUGCAGAAGCGGUCUCUUACUGCAAAAAGUCGGGAUAUUCAACUUCCUACAUCAAAACCAAGUCUUUUAAAACCGAACCAACUUGCAGAAGAUGUUGUGGAGAAGACAUCUGAAGAUGUUGCAGAGCAACCCAACACUAGCAGUGUGACUCCCGCUCCAUUCAAGGGAAUGAAGAUUAAGGCAGCUGGAACAACAAGAUUGAAACGUGGGUCGUCGACCAGAGAUGUAUCGAAAAAGGCAGUUUCAAAUGAAAAAAUCAAAUGUCCAGUGACAGGAAAGUUGAUCCCGGCCACGGAGUUUGACGAUCAUUUAAGGGCUGUAUUGAGGGACCCGUCUUAUAAGCAGCAACAAGAAAACUAUCUACGAAAGAAUUUCAGCUACGAGUCUAACAUUACCACCGACCAGGCAUUUGAAAAUAUCAAGCGAUUGAUGAGAAAAAGACAUACAGAGGAGCACGAUAGUGUAUAG